GGUCGGGUAAGUCGGGCGUCCAUUCGGGGCGUGUAUCAGCUCAGGUUUGAAUGAAGACGGAAAUAUGUGAGUUUCUGUGAGAGAAAAAAAAAAAAGAAGAAAAAAGAAAAGCCCGGACGAGGAGUAGAGGCGCAGCCAGAGAACAUUUCACAUCCACUGAUCCGAAGAGAUUCAAGAAGAGGAUUUACUCACCUGCAAAACUGGCCGUCCUCCUCCUCUCCGUCAGCCUCCAAGAUAGAUUCUCUCAGGAGUAAAGUGGAGCUGCUGAAGCUGCCCUUGAGUCUGUCGUCCAAAUCCAUCUCAGAGCGCAAGACUCGGCUGGGCGGAGCCACAGAGCGCUCCAGGGGCGGAGCUGGGGCCCACAAACCCCGCCCACCGGCCCCAGACAUGGACAACGAGUCGCAGUACUCGGGCUACUCCUACAAGUCUUCACAUUCACGCAGCUCUCGCAAACACAGGGAGCGCAGGGACCGGCAUCGCUCCAAGAGCAGAGACGGCAGCAGCAGAGGAGAUAAGUCUGUGACCAUCCAGGCCCCCGGAGAGCCCCUGCUGGACGCCGAGAGCACACGAGGAGACGAGCGGGAUGAUAACUGGGGCGAGACCACGACGGUGGUGACGGGGACGUCGGAGCACAGCGUGUCUAACGAGGACCUGACGCGUGCGUCUAAGGAGCUGGAGGACUCGUCUCCGCUGGAGUGCGGUCGGUUCGUGGGGCCGGUCCUGAGCGGUGUUCUGGGUGUGUUUGCGCUCCUGACGCCCCUGGCCUUCCUGCUGCUGCCCCAGCUGCUGUGGCGGGACGCUCUGGAGCCCUGCGGGACCCCUUGCGAGGGCCUGUACGUCUCUCUGGCCUUCAAGAUGCUGGUGCUGCUCAUCUCGUCCUGGGCUCUGUUCCUGCGGCCGCCCCGCGCCACGCUCCCGCGCUUCUUCGUCUUCCGCUGCCUGCUGAUGGCGCUGGUCUUCCUGUUCGUGGCCUCGUACUGGCUCUUCUACGGCGUGCGUGUGCUGGAGCCCCGCGAGCGAGACUACAGGGGCAUCGUGGGAUACGCCGUGUCUCUGGUGGACGCGCUGCUGUUCAUCCAGUAUCUGGCGCUCGUGCUGCUGGAGGUCAGGCACCUCAGACCCGCCUUCAGCCUCAAGGUGGUGCGCAGCACUGACGGAGCCAGCCGCUUCUACAGCGUGGGACACCUCAGCAUCCAGCGGGCAGCGGUGUGGCUCCUGGAUCACUACUACACUGAUUUCCCGGUCUACAACCCUGCUUUACUCAACCUGCCCAAGUCCGUCCUGUCCAAGAAGAUGUCUGGCUUCAAGGUGUACUCUCUGGGAGAAGAGAACAGCACUAAUAACUCGACGGGGCAGUCUCGGGCGAUGAUCGCCGCCGCCGCACGCAGACGGGACAACUCUCAUAACGAGUAUUACUACGAGGAGGCUGAGAUGGAGCGCAGGGUGCGGAAACGCAAGGCCAGGCUGGUGGUGGCAGUAGAGGAGGCCUUCACUCACAUCAAGCGGCUCCAGGAGGACGAGGCGUCGUCGCCCAAACACCCUCGUGAGGUGAUGGACCCUCGAGAGGCGGCCCAGGCCAUCUUCGCCCCCAUGGCUCGGGCCAUGCAGAAGUACCUGCGCACCACACGCCAGCAGCCGUACCACAGCAUGGAGAGCAUCAUCACACACCUGCAGUUUUGCAUCACGCACAACAUGACGCCCAAGGCGUUCCUGGAGCGGUACCUGGCCCCGGGGCCCACCGUGCAGUACCAGCGAGAGAAGGCCAGCAGGGGGCGUCAGUGGACGCUGGUGAGCGAGGAGCCGGUGACCUCAUCGCUGCGGCAGGGUCAGGUGUUCUCCCUGCGACGCCUCGACUUCUCUCUGGUGGUCACCGUCACCCCCCUCCCCUUCCUCACCCUGGGGGAGGAGUUCAUCGACCCCAAGAGCCACAGGUUCGUGAUGCGGCUCCAGUCAGAGACCUCAGUGUGAGAGCCGUCUCAAGGACUCCACCGCUCCACUUCUGUCAGACAUCACACUACUGCUCUCGAGACGUCUGGAGGACUAACACUUCUAGCUGUGAGUCUAACACUUGUCUGGAUGAGCUCAGUGCUGCACAGUAUAUAAAUACAGACGAUUCACCAGCAGUCAUGAUCAUUACUCUGAGGUGAUGAAACACUACAAGGAUGUAGCGGAGCGAUCAAGUGCUUUACUCUUUAUAAGAGCUCACCAGAAACAGUCUGUAACUCGAGCUCGCUCUCCAUCGUGAAUGUUUUUAAGAUGUGCUGUAUCUUUAUUUGAAUGAAUCGAGAGGCCUUUAUAUAUCAUCCGUUUAUGUUGAAACACAUUCUGUACACCAGCACAUUCUGUCGUAGAUGACCAAUCAAAUGUGAGCUUUACAGAAAAUGCACAAACAUGAAUGUGUUCGCUGUGCCUCAGUGCAGGUUUAAGGACGAUGAGUCCCUCCUGUUUCUUUAACUGGUGUGCCAGCUUUAGGUCCCUGUUGUCCCACUCACUUCUUGUAUAGAAAGGAUCUGAAACAAUGUGGCUCUCUGACCGUUUCACCUUUAGGCCUGAUGCAUGUGGGCGAGCGAUGCAGUUUUGUACUUUUGUUUUUUUUUUACUUUUUAUCACUUUUGUAUGGAAGCUAAUCUUUUAACAUUUUCUCUCAAGAAAUUGUUUGUUGUAAAGAGAUUUGUAGAUUUUCGGUUAUUAUUGUGUGAAGACUGUUUUUGGCAUCUGAUAAUUUUAGAACUAAAGAUGUUGCAGCUUUUUGUAAUAAAUGAUGAACUCGACUCUA